AUGAAUCAGUCUCCCCUCCAGGCUCCGCAAAGGCGCGCUCCGCCCUGUCCCGGGUCAGAAGGACGCUCACCCUACAUAAAGCAGCGGCACCCACCACGCUGGAACUCAGACUGCCUCGAGGUUGGACGCUGUGCACCUUCCUCCCGCUGGCACAUUCUGGGGACGCCUCACCCCACGGGCAGCUUGAAUCCGGACACCAUGUACUCUGCUCGCCCCCUCCGGCUGGUGGUCCUGCCGCUGCUCCUGGUGGGGACUGCGCUGGGAGAUGCUCCUCAAGCGCCGCCAGGAAAUAACGCGGAGAUCUGCCUCCUGCCCCCGGACGAAGGGCCCUGCCGGGCUCGGAUCCCCAGUUACUACUAUGACAGGUAUACCCAGAGCUGCCUCGAGUUCAUGUAUGGGGGCUGCGAGGGCAAUGCCAACAAUUUCGAAACUUGGGAGGCCUGCGAUGAAGCUUGCUGGAGGAUACCGAAAGUUCCCAAGAUUUGCCGGUUGGAAGUCAGUAAGAGGCAGUGUGGGGAGCUCAGAGAAGUGUAUUUCUUCAAUCUAAGUUCCAUGGCAUGUGAAAAAUUCAUAUCUGGCGGGUGUCACAGCAGUGAGAACCGGUUCCCGGAUGAAGCUACUUGUAUGGGCUUCUGUGCGCCAAAGAAAGGUCCAUCAUUUUGCUAUAGUCCAAAAGAUGAGGGACUAUGCUCUGCUAAUGCAACUCGCUAUUAUUUUAAUCCAAGACACAAAGCCUGUGAGGCCUUCACCUAUACUGGCUGUGGAGGGAAUCACAAUAACUUUGUUAACGUGAAGGACUGCAAACGCAUUUGUGUAAAAGCCUUGAAAAAGAAAAAGAACAAGAAGAUGCCAAGGCUUCUUUUUGCAAGUAGAAGACUGAAAAUUAAGAAGAAGCAAUUUUAACCCUUUUUUUUUCCAUAUGUCAUCUUGUGAAUGCCUUUAUGGUUAUAUCUGAAGGACAAUAUGGUAACACAAGCAAGCAAAUCAUUAGUGAUUUAU